GCAGAGACUACAAGUCCCAGCAGCCAGUGCGCGGGGGACUCGCGGGCGGCCGCGGCGAUGGCGGUCGAUAAGGAGAUGUUGGAGCGGGACCUGUACGCGCUGUUGGGCGUCGCGGAGAAGGCGUCGGACAAGGAGGUUAAGAAAGCCUACAGACAAAAGGCCCUGACUUGCCAUCCAGAUAAGAACCCAGAUAAUCCUAAAGCAGCGGAAGUCUUCCACCAGCUGUCUCAGGCUUUAACUGUACUAACCGAUGCAGCAGCAAGGGCAGCAUAUGACAGAGUGAGAAAAGCGAAGAAGCAGGCAGCAGAAAGGACUCAAAAACUUGACGACAGAAGGAAAAAAGUGAAACUUGACCUUGAAGCCCGGGAACGAGAAGCCCAAGCUCGUGUAAGCGAAGAGGAAGAGCUCCAAAUAACCAGAACAUUAGAGCAAGAGAUCAUACGUCUGCGUGAAGAGGGCUCCAGGCAGUUAGAAGAGCAGCAGAGGCUCAUUCAGGAACAGAUCCGGCUUGAGAGAGAGCAAGUCCAAGGCAAACAAGAAGGGAAUGGAGCAGAAGGCAAAGUGACUCCCAAACUCAAACUAAGAUGGAAAUGCAAGAAAGAUGAUGAGACAAAGGGUGGAUAUUCAGAAGAAGUUCUCCUGCGAAUCCUGCAGAAGUAUGGUGAAGUGCUCAAUUUGGUGAUCUCAAGUAAGAAGACUGGGAGUGCAGUUGUGGAAUUUGUGUCAGUUAAGGCUGCUGAAAUGGCAGUGAAGAAUGAAGCUGGUCUGAUAAAUAAUCCUCUAAAAAUCUCCUGGCUAGAGGGCCAGCCACAGAACAAUCCCAACACCAUGUUUCCUGGAAGUACUAAUCAGCCUUGGACUUCGCAGGGUUCCGUGCUCUCGGAGCGGGAUUACGAAAGCUUGGUGAUGAUGCGGAUGCGCCAAGCAGCUGAGAGACAGCACCUGAUUGAGCAGCUCCAGCGGGAAGAUGAAGAAGAGUCUCAUACCUAGCAUGGAGAAGUAGUUCCCUGCCCCUGCCACCCACCCCAUUCCACCUUCCUCCUCCCAACCCCUACCCUUCGUUAAAAAAAAUUGUUCUCUUAAUUUAAAUCAAUAAACAUUGUUUUUUAAGAAAAA